AUGGACUUCGAGAAUGAACCAUAUUUUGCUCAAAUAUGUUCCGCGUAUAUUGCAACUUUCCUAUGCGGCAUCUCCGUUAAGAAUCUAGAGUGGAAUGAUUCUACCCCAAAACAGAUUACCUCUAUAGCUAGAUACCAUCUUUACUAUACAAUGAGAAAGUUUAUGAAAAAUCCUGCGCUAAUGAAAAAGUAUGAUAUAAGUGGAAUGAAAGGGCACUUUCCGGUUAAAACUCAGGAUUUCAAUGGUGCCUCUUCGGGAGGUGGAACAUAUGUUAAAGUUGGAUGGGUAAACUACACUAACUCCGACUAUCUUCACUUCAUACCAUAUGAGUCAAGUGGAAUCACACAAGUCGGAGUGCAGUUGCUUAUGGAAAGUGUGGAAAGUUAUGUUUAUUCUGUGUUGGGAGCACAAGCUAGAACAAGGUGGAGUAUUGUUAGCGGUCAAUCAGGUAAGGCCCUUCAAUCACAAGAGGCUUUUAGAAAAAUUGUUGAAGAUACUAUAGUUCAAAGUAGUGUAAACACUACAAUUAGCAACAUGAGAGUAGCUAUAAGGGACACUAAUGUAAUAUUAAAUAUGGCAAUCAAUCCUAACAUAAUACUGGUUCCUUCUAAGCUAAUCAUUCUUGAAACACCUAUUCCUGGAUAUAAUAAUAUACUCUCAAGUCCUACAAAGACAACUACAUUUGGGGUUAAUACCAAACUAAACUAUGUUGGGGAAAAGAAAACCGGCCAUUCAAAGAAACAGCACCAGGACACUACACCGGUUCACCACCUUGAUGUUAUUGAUGGACAUAAAAAGGUUCCAGGAGGCUCUACGGUCACUAAGCCAAAGGAAGGUUCUACAAGUUCUGAGACUCAAGUUGUUCCUAUCAUGAAACAUGAUGUGGUUAGUACCCAUGAGUCUUCAGGAGUUAACGCUAUCGCUGGAGCUGGGAUUGGUGCUAUAGUUGUAUUUAUUCUAAUGAAAAUUAUCUUGUAAACAUUGUGUAUGUUAUAAAAUGGCUCUCUAUAGAGGAUACAACAAAGGAGUAAAUAAAGUUGAUCCAUCAAGCGGUAGUGUGUUUGAUAAGGACGGAUUUACCAUGAAGGGUGACAUUGAGAUGGAUGGUAACGAGGUAAAAGGUCUGGGUGCACCUACAGAUGAUACUUCUGCGACCACAAGAAAGUGGGUGGAUGAUGAGAUCGUUAAACAGGCUGCCCUUGCAAUUCAACCUGCAGGGUUUACAAUGACUGGGAAUAUUAACAUGGGAGGUAAUAAGAUAAUUAAUCUUGAUAAUCCUACUAACCCAGGUGACGCUGCCAGUAAGAGCUGGGUUGAGGGUAGUCGUGCUAGUCUACCUGGACUUAUCCUUACAAAUGACCUCAAUAUGUCAACAAAUGACCUCAAUAUGUCAACAAAUGAGAUAAAGGCUCUAGGUGAUCCUACAACUGGAAAGUCUGCUGUUAGUAAGGAUUGGGUAGUUGGAAUGCUAAAUAGGCCUGUAUCUGGACUUAAUAUUGCUAGUGAUAUCGAUAUGAAGGACCAUGAGAUUAAGAAUCUUAAGGAUCCCUCUGAGGACCAGUCUGCUGUCACAAAAAAGUGGGCUGUUGAUAAUAACUUUAGACUAAAAGGUGGAAUUAUGCAAGCAGAUGUGUCCAUGGGAGGUUGGAGAUUGUUUGAUCUUAUUGAUCCUAAAAUUGAUAGUGAGGCUACAUCAAAAAAGUGGGUUGAAGAUAAAAUAUCUACACUUCUUGGUCCCUCCGGUUUUAAAAUGUCAGGAGCAAUUAAUAUGGACGGAAAUAGGAUAAAAAAUGUUUCGGUUCCUAGGGGUGGAGGGGAUCCUGUUAACCUUGAUACUCUAACAUCAAAUUUAAAUUCUUUUAGAACUGGAAGUGAUAGAUAUUACUUCAAAAGGAAUGGCGGCUCCAUGA